AUGCCUCUCAUCGCCCAGUCGCCCAAGAACCGGAUCAUCCUGGGGCUCAUGACCUUUGGCCCUGACGAGGCGACGGGCGCCCGCGUCACCAACAUUGACGAGUACGGCAAGGUGCUCGACCUGUUCCAGUCGCGCGGCUACAAUGAGGUCGACACGGCUCGUGUCUACGUCGGCGGCAAGCAGGAGGCCUUUACGCGCGACGCCCGGUGGAAGGACCGCGGCCUGACCCUCGCCACCAAGAUUAAGUACCCCGGCGAGCACGGCACCAACCUGCACGACAAGGUCAUCGAGUCGCUCAACCUCAGCCUGAAGGAGCUGGGCACCGACACUGUCGACCUUCUAUAUCUUCACGCUGCCGACCGCGGGGUGCCCUUCGUCGAGACGCUGUCAGCCAUUGACAAGCUGCACAAGGCGGGCAAGUUUGUGCAGUUCGGCAUCAGCAACUUUACGGCGUUCGAGGUGGCCGAGAUUGUGCUGACGUGCAAGCACAACGGCUGGGUGCGCCCGACUGUGUACCAGGGCAUGUACAACGCCAUCACGCGGGGCAUCGAGCCCGAGCUGGUGCCGGCGUGCAGGCGGUAUGGGCUUGAUAUUGUCGUCUAUAACCCCAUCGCCGGCGGGCUCUUCUCGGGCAAGAUCAAGUCGACCGACAUGGUUCCGGCCGAGGGCCGGUUCAGCGACAAGUCGCACACGGGCAAGAUGUACCGCAACCGCUACUACCGCGACUCCACGUUCCAGGCGCUGCAGAUCAUCGAGGCGGCCGUUGACAAGGCCGGCCUGACCAUGAUCGAGACGGCCCUGCGCUGGGUCGUCCACCACUCGGCCCUCAAGCUCGCCGUUAACGGCGGCAACGACGGUAUCAUCAUCGGCGUCUCUAGCGCCGAGCAGCUCGAUGCCAACCUCGCUAAUCUUGAGAAGGGCCCCCUACCAGCGGAAGUCGUCCAGGCCCUCGACGAAGCGUGGACCGUCUCAAAGGUCGAUACCACCCAUUACUGGCACGGGGAGAUCAAGUACGGCUACGACACGCGCCAGGCCCUGCUUGGCAGCCCAGACGCGAAAUGA